AAGGCUUCACAACUGAUAGGAAACCUUGCAUGAUGUAAUACUUGAAUGGUACUAACAAGUUGGAUACUACUAUCAGUUAGCAUAUUGACAACAAGACUGACGUCAAAGCAAAAUGCGGCUGGGAUUCACUGCGCCGCCGCAGCUGUUUCAUGGGAGGAGAGCUAAUUCGCUGAGAGUUGCAGUUCUAUCAACAUUUGUACACUAGCUCUCAGCGCCGCCAAAGUAACCCAUGUAAAGGGGUGGUGAACUUCACGCUUUUCUGUGGUGUACAGGGUUGCGACGAAGGGCGCACAUCAACUCACUCAUCCAGGUGCACAGUAGCUGUUUGGAAAGGCUUUGAUGUAUGCCGGAGUAAGUGAAACCAGUCACCAUGGCCUUGAGGUCAGUCACCUAUGGACUGAAGUGAGCUGGACCACCUCUGCAUAAUCCACCAGGGCCUUCACCUGCCCGCCUCCCAGCCAGGGCCAGGUGGCCAUGGCAGGCUUCAAGCGUGGCUAUGAUGGCAAGAUCGCCGGACUCUAUGAUCUGGACAAGACACUGGGGCGUGGGCACUUUGCUGUGGUCAAGCUGGCACGUCAUGUCUUCACUGGCGAAAAGGUGGCAGUCAAGGUUAUCGACAAGACUAAGCUGGACACUGUGGCAACGGGGCACCUCUUUCAGGAAGUACGCUGCAUGAAGUUGGUGCAGCACCCUAACAUCGUACGUCUCUACGAGGUUAUUGACACCCAGACGAAGCUCUAUCUGAUCCUGGAGCUGGGCGAUGGGGGAGACAUGUUUGACUACAUCAUGAAGCAUGAGGAAGGCCUGUCUGAGGAGCUGGCCAAGAAGUACUUUGCUCAAAUCGUGCACGCCAUCUCCUACUGCCACAGGCUCCAUGUGGUGCACCGCGACCUGAAGCCUGAAAACGUGGUGUUCUUCGAGAAACAGGGCCUGGUCAAGCUCACAGACUUUGGCUUUAGCAACAAGUUCCAACCAGGCAAGAAGCUGACGACCAGCUGCGGCUCGUUGGCCUACUCCGCCCCUGAUCUGCUGGGGGAUGAGUAUGACGCACCUGCCGUAGAUAUCUGGAGCCUGGGGGUGAUCCUCUUCAUGCUGGUGUGUGGGACGCCGCCUUUCCAGGAGGCCAAUGACAGCGAGACCCUCACCAUGAUCAUGGACUGCAAAUACACUGUGCCCGCCCACGUCUCCAACGACUGCAAGGACCUAAUAAACCGCAUGCUUCAGAGAGACCCAAAGCGGCGGGCGUCGCUGGAGGAGAUCGAAAGCCAUGCCUGGCUCCAGGGGGUGGACCCCUCCCCGGCCACCAAGUACAGCACGCCGCUGGUGUCCCACAAGAGCCUCUCGGACGAGGAGCACAACGGCAUCAUCCAGCGCAUGGUGCUCGGGGACAUCACUGACCGCGAGACCAUCGUAGAGGCCCUGGAGACCAACAAGUACAACCACAUCACGGCCACCUACUUCCUGCUGGCCGAGCGCAUCCUGCGGGAGAAGCAGGACAAGGAGGUGCAGCCACGCUCAUCCAGCCCCAGCAACAUCAAGGCCCAGUUCAGGCAGUCAUGGCCAACCAAGAUUGACAUGCACCAGGACAUCGAGGACAGCUUGGCUUCGUCCUCCAUCUCCCACGCAGGUGGGCCACAGUCCCCCGCACGCAGUGCUGAAAACCUGCUGAACGGCCACCGCAGUAAGGGCCUGUUGGACCUGGGGCGGCGCGAGGAUGUCGGCGGCAGCAGCAGCAGCGCCAGUGAGGCCUCGGGUAGCAGCUGCUCCUCCUCCUCCUCUUCUGCCGCCGGGCCCUCCAACCCCCUCAAACCAGGCAGCCUGCUGGCCGGCACCUCCUCGGCCUCGGCAAAGCCACGCGCCUCCCUCUUUAGGGUGGAAGAGGACGAGGAGGAGGAGGACGAGCACGAGCCCUCACCGCUGCCUGCCCAGGUCGUGCUUCGCCGCAAGCCCCCGCCGUCCAUCACCAACCGCAUCACCUCGCGCAAGAGUGCGCCCGUACUCAACCAGAUCUUCGAGGAGGAGGGCGAGUCGGACGACGACUUUGACAUGGACGAGAGCCUGCCGCCGAAGCUGAGCCGCCUCAAGAUGAACAUGACGGCGUCGUCACCGGGCACCGCGCAGAAGCGCUACCACCGCCGCAAGAGCCAGGGCCGAGGCUCCAGCUGCUCCAGCUCAGAGACCAGCGACGACGACUCGGAGAGCCACCGGCGGCGUCUCGACAAGGACACGGGCUUCACCUACAGCUGGAACCGGCGGGACAGCAGUGAGGGCCCGCCAGGGAACUCUGGGGGAAAUGGUGGCAGCAGCGGAGGGCAGAGCAAGCCCCCGGGGGAGGGCAAUUCAGGACCAGACCGAGGCAGCCCCCCAGGUGGGAGCGGUGGGGGGAGCAGUGGUGGGGGUGGGGGUGGGGGUGGCACUAAAGGACAGGGCAGCCCCUCCAGCUGCUCUAGUGGCGGCGUCAACCGCUCAUCAGGGUCGUCACGGAAGGCGUCAUCGACGCGCAGUGGCGGGGAGCUGGUGGAAAGCCUCAAACUCAUGAGCCUGUGCCUGAGCUCCCAGUUCCAGCAGCGCGGCCCCGGUGGCCGCUUCAUCAUAGACCCUCAGAGCCUGUCUAGCAUCAAGGUGCAGGAGAAGUCCUCCUGGAAGAUGUGCAUUGGCUCCAACGGCAGCUUGGACCAGGUGGGCCUGCCCAGCACUGGCCUUGGGGUCCCAGGGCCGGAAACACAUGCAGACCAAAUGUCCUCGGUGCUCACCGAACUGGGCUUGGCAAAGGAGAACAAGCUGAACCUGAAGAACAAUGUGCUCCAGCUACCUCUGUGCGAAAAGACCAUCUCUGUGAACAUACAGCGGAGCCCCAGAGACGGGCUGCUCUGCACCUCUGCCCCGGCCAGCUGCUGCCAGGUCAUCUGAGGCCAGGAGGCGAGCGACCGGGCGGCUCCCUCCACUAGCACCACCUUUC